GCCAGCAACAUAUUAUAUACUCUCUGAUAUUAGAGAGAGAGAGAGAGAUUUAGAGAGAGAGAGAGAGAGAUGGGUUCCUGGGAACAAACAGAGGGGUCUAAACCUCAUGCAGUUUGUGUUCCAUUUCCAGCUCAAGGCCACGUAAAUCCAAUGCUCAAAUUAGCCAAGAUCCUCCAUUACAGAGGCUUCCACAUCACUUUUGUGAACAGUGAGUUCAACCACAGACGCCUGUUGAGAUCCCGAGGUCCCAAUUCCCUAGACGGAUUCCCUUCCUUCCGAUUCGAAACCAUUCCCGACGGCCUCCCUCCGUCUGACGCCGACGCGACACAAGACGUCCCGUCCCUCUGCGACUCCACCAAAAAAAACUGUUUGGUUCCUUUCACUGACCUCCUCUCGAGGCUCAAUGACACCUCUUCCUCCAAAGUCCCUCCGGUCACUUGCAUAGUUUCCGAUGGUAUUAUGAGCUUCACUCUCAAAGCUGCUGAACAACUAGGCAUUCCCAAUGUUCUCUUCUGGACCACCAGUGCCUGUGGCUUUAUGGCCUAUGUGCACUAUCAUCAACUCGUAGAAAAGGGUUAUACACCACUCAAAGAUAUGAGCUAUUUAACAAAUGGGUAUUUAGAUACUGUUAUCGACUGGAUACCGGGAAUGGAGGGUAUUCGAUUGAAGGAUCUUCCGAGCUUCGUCAGGACCAAUGACCCCAAUGAUAUUAUGUUUAACUUUGCAGUAGGUGAAACUGAGAAAGUCCAUAAAGCAUCUGCUUUGAUUCUGAACACAUUCGAUGCACUAGAGAGUGAUGUCUUAGAAGCACUUUCUUCAAUCUUUCCUUCUGUUUACACAAUUGGUCUUCUUCAGCUGCUUCUGAAUCAAAUCCCAGAAAAUGAAUUGAGCCGUCUGGGAUCAAAUCUCUGGAAAGAAGAGCCAGGGUGUCUUGAAUGGCUUGAUUCCAAAGAACCAAACUCAGUUGUGUAUGUGAAUUUCGGGAGUGUCACCGUCAUGACACCCCAACAAAUGAUUGAAUUUGCUUUUGGGCUAGCUAACAGCAAGCACACGUUUUUGUGGGUCAUUAGGCCUGAUUUGGUGAUCGGUGAAUCUGCAAUGCUUCCUCCGGAGUUUGCGACGGAGACCAAAGAAAGGGGGCUAUUGACCAGCUGGUGUCCUCAAGAACAAGUGCUCGGCCACCGCGCCAUCGGAGGGUUUCUGACACACAGUGGGUGGAACUCCACCAUUGAAAGUGUGUGUGGCGGUGUGCCCAUGCUGUGUUGGCCUUUUUUCGCAGAGCAGCAAACCAACUGUUGGUUCACAUGCACUCGAUUGGGGAUAGGCAUGGAGAUAGACAGUGACGUUAAGAGAGAGAAGGUGGAGAGCCUUGUGAGAGAGUUGAUGGUUGGAGAGAGAGGCAAAGAGAUGAAGAAAAAAGCUAUGGAGUUUAAGAGAUUAGCAGAGGAGGCCACUAAUUGUAGUGAUGGGUCAUCUUACCUGAAUUUUGACAAAAUGGUUAGCCAUGUCCUCAUGUGCAAUGCUUCGAAAUAGUGUCCAUUCUGCGCGGUAACAGUAGUGUUGUACUCUUGACCACUGCAAACGAUUGUGAUAACUCAUACGUAUUGUUUAAUUCAUAAUCAUCACGGAAGCACCAUAAUCGACUAUUAUGUAUAAUGAUAAUAAUUCACACGUGUGAAUGAUUACUGCGGUUGUUAUGCAAUACAACACUUUGCUAUUACCGAAUAGAUCUACCCCCAAUUGUAAACGCAGUUCCAAGUUCCAAUCAAUCUCCCAUCACAAAUCCUAUCUUUUAAAGUUGUGUUAGUUAGGGUGCCUUUAUUUUCUUGCAAUAAAUUUGUAGUGUCAGUUUGCAUUAAAGGGGUGGUGCUGGGUGGAGGAAGAUAAGAGUGUGUUAGUGUGACAUGGUGUGGGCCUGUGGCAGACAGUGAAAACUCCUCCCUCCUGUUGUACCAUGAUCAUUUUCUAUUAAUUCAUGAAGAAACAUAAAAACAAUUACUAGUA